CUCCCUCUCUCCACAAACUGCCCAGGAGUGAGCAGCUGCUCUCUGACGGCCAGGACGACCCGACGGACAGACGCACGGACUGCCUGACACCCAAGCCUGCCAACUAACCAAGCUGUGUCCGGCUGCUUCCCCUCCCCAGCCCUGGGUGUCCAGUGGCACCUGGGCAAGGGCCCUGCACAGCAGCAGCAGGCUCCAGAGGCCUAGACCUGCCCUGUUCUGCCCAGGGGGUUGCAAACCCUUAAGGAAGAAGGAGGGACACACAGUCCAGGCAUGCCCACCAUGUGGCCCCUGUGGCUCCUCGCAUCCCUGCUGGCCCUGAGCCAGGCCCUGCCCUUUGAGCAGAAGGGCUUCUGGGACUUCACCCUGGACGAUGGGCUGCCCAUGCUGAAUGACGAGGAGGCUUCGGGUGCUGACACGACCUCGGGCAUCCCAGACCUGGACUCCCUCACACCCACCUUCAGCGCCAUGUGUCCUUUCGGCUGCCACUGUCACCUGCGGGUCGUUCAGUGCUCCGACCUGGGUCUGAAGGCUGUGCCCAAGGAGAUCUCGCCCGACACCACACUGCUGGACCUGCAGAACAAUGAGAUCUCUGAGCUCCGAAAGGAUGACUUCAAAGGCCUCCAGCAUCUCUAUGCCCUCGUCCUGGUGAACAACAAGAUCUCCAAGAUCCACGAGAAGGCCUUCAGCCCCCUGCGGAAGCUGCAGAAGCUCUACAUCUCCAAGAACCACCUGGUGGAGAUCCCUCCCAACCUGCCCAGCUCCCUGGUGGAGCUCCGCAUCCAUGACAACCGCAUCCGCAAGGUGCCCAAGGGCGUGUUCAGCGGGCUGCGCAACAUGAAUUGCAUAGAGAUGGGUGGGAAUCCCCUGGAGAACAGUGGCUUUCAACCUGGAGCAUUCGAUGGCCUGAAGCUCAACUACCUGCGAAUCUCCGAGGCCAAGCUAACUGGCAUCCCCAAAGACCUCCCAGAGACCCUGAAUGAACUCCAUCUGGACCACAACAAAAUCCAGGCUAUCGAGCUGGAGGAUCUGCUUCGCUACUCCAAGCUGUACAGGCUGGGCCUGGGCCACAACCAGAUCCGCAUGAUCGAGAAUGGCAGCCUGAGUUUUCUGCCCACCCUGCGGGAGCUGCACCUAGACAAUAACAAGCUGUCCAGGGUGCCUGCUGGCCUUCCCGACCUCAAGCUCCUCCAGGUGGUCUACCUGCACACCAACAACAUCACCAAGGUGGGCGUCAACGACUUCUGCCCCGUGGGUUUCGGGGUCAAACGGGCCUACUACAAUGGCAUCAGCCUCUUCAACAACCCUGUGCCCUACUGGGAGGUGCAGCCAGCCACCUUUCGCUGCGUCACCGACCGCCUGGCCAUCCAGUUUGGCAAUUACAAAAAGUAGAGGCAGCAGCAGCCACCAUGCUGGCCUGGGCGGGGUCUCUGAGGAGCAUAGCAGAUGUUCUGAAGGGGGAGGCAGAGUAAGGGAGCAAAGCCAGUGCCCACCUGCACCCAACCCAGCCCUACCCUUGGUCCCUGGCCCCCACUAGCUUUCCCCUGAUGCCUUCAUCCUGGGUCCCAAGCGUGCAGGUGGGGAACAAGGCCCAGCCCCGAUCACAUGCUCCUCGGCUUCACAGCUGCCCCUUCCCUCAUUGUAGCCACUCAGAGGCACCCCCACAAAGCUUCCUUCCCAUUCACCCUGAAACCAAAUGGUCCAAGGUUCCAGUCCACUAGGAAGAUGGUCCCUGGAUCUGGGGGGCAAUAGAGGGCCAGCAGGGAUGGAGACAGCAAACCCCAGCAAGCCCACCCACCUGCCCGGCACACGUUCCUCCUUCUCGUGUCCUUCCAGCUUCCAACCCACCUUGGCCUGGCCUGCUACCCUUGGCCUCCCAUGUCGCCCGCCUCACUUCUGCAAGUUUAUAGCCCAUCUAUCCGAGCCUCCUUGAUCUACUGGCCUCUGGACCAGUCCUCUCCCUCUCUGUCUGUCUCUCUCAUUCUCCCUCUUGUCUCUCACAUCCUUGGGCUGGGUUUGGUCUCUGUCUCACUGGGCCUCUGCCCAACCCCUACCCAGGCAAGCUGUGGGGGACGGAGAGCGGCCUGCCCUGCCUGGGCCUCACCCCCAAGCCUAGACAGUCCUGGUAGAGGCUGGUGAGUGAAGGCGCUGCAUCCCGCAUGCGCUCCACAGGCAAGCGGGGAGCACAGGCCUGGUCAGACCCUGGGGGUCUGCCCCCGGGAGGGGCCCGCCAUUCCACCGGAGUUCCCAGCAUACUUUUCAUUGUCUCCUUCCCCCCAAAAAUGGCUAGGUCUCACCUUCCAGCCCCUAGAGUGGCGGGAGUUUUGAGCAAUCACACCCAGCUUGAGGAGGGGCUGCUUCUGAGGUCGGUUGUUGUCUUUCAAUUAAAGAAACACUGUGCAAUAUG